GAAAUCCUCACUAUGCAACAACGGAGAGCAGACAAACCGCGGUCACGCGAUGGAUGCAUCACUUGCAAGAUCCGUCAUGUGCGAUGUGACCAAGCUCGCCCGGCCUGCGGGCAAUGCACGAGGACCGGCCGCAAAUGCGACGGAUACGACUCCGACUUGUCUCAGAGGCAGCUCCGGGAUAAGAUCCUCGCGGGAAACGUCCAAAGACGGCCCAGCCCCAAACCGCGAGCAUGUGCGGUGUUCUGCAUCCACACGUCGCAAGCGUUGGCCGGCUCCGAUUUCUGGACCCGCCUGCUUCCCCAGCUCAGUCGAGCCCCUGGUGCGCCAUGCGGUCGCUCCGAUAUAGGGGGGCCAGAGAGGAGGACUUCAUCGACACCCAACGGCGCACGGCAGUCUUACCUGACGCUCCUCGGCUGUAGUCUGUUCGUCUGCCUCGAGAUGCUUCGGGCGAACUACGACCAGGCGCUCGACCAUGUUGACUCCGGGCUGAAGCUGAUCUCACAGCAAAGCGACCGACUGGACGUACCGCAGCCGACCGCUGACGUCGAUACCAUCAAUCGCGAGUUGUGCGACCUCUUCGCGCGGUUCCACAUGGACCUGGCGAGCUUCAACCGCGGCAUGAGACCCCACGUGACGAGCAUUGGAGCCGGGCAUGCCAUGCCCUUCGCCUUCACCGACCUGGGUGAAGCACGUCGCCGUCUGACCCUCCUCAUGAACCAGAGCAUCUGCGCCGCUCCCGCCUUGAACACGCGCCCCGGGGCCGGAGCCAAGCCGUCCACCUGGGACCCCGGGUUUCGCGCAAUGGUCGAGGAAUUACAGGCGAAACUCGCUGCACAGGUCCGGGAAUUCCAGGCGUGGUCAGGCGCGCUCGAUCGCUCUGCGCAUCGAUGCCACUUCGCUCGAGAAUUUACAUCGGUGGGGUCCACCUUGAUCCAGUUCCGCGCUGACGAGCGGGAGCCGACCGGUUCAACCCCAUUCUUCGAUGGUCGAAAAGCUUCUACGGUUGGAGGAUCGUCGCCGCGAGCCAGGCGAUCACACCGACUGUUCUCCUGGAUGCGGGCAUCAUUCGCGCCGCUGCAAUGGGUCGCCACUCACUGCCACCAGCCUGUAGUCCGCGACAUUGCCUGCGACUGCUGUCGGAGUGUCCGCGGCGGAAGGGCUCUGGAAUUCGCAGCGCGCGUCCGGAUCGGAGAGACCGUCGUCGGUAUCGAAGAGGCGG